AUGACAUUUUACAAUCAUUUUUCUGAAUUUUGUAUUUUGACCUAAACCAAAUCAAUUUUUGUUAUUCUGUAAUUAUGGACAUUGAUUACGAAGAGUUAUACAAAUGGGUCGACAGCCAUUCUAUUAGUAGGCCAAAACGAAACCUUAACAGAGAUUUUUCAGAUGCUGUACCUUUAGCAGAAAUACUAAAACAUCACUAUCCUAGAUUAGUCGAGUUGCACAACUACAGUCCUGGAAAUGCUUUCUCCAAUAAAAUGAUCAACUGGAACACCAUCAAUAAGAGAGUUCUUAAUAAACUAAAUAUAAACUUAAACAGAAAGAAGCAAGAAGAUCUAGCACUUGGGAAACCAGAGGCCAUAGCUAAGUUACUUAGUAUGAUCAAAACUAAAGUAGAAUCAAAGUCGGCUCGUGGCGAUGAGAAAGACCAAGGUAAUAAAGUGUAUUAUAUCGAAAAUGGUAACAAUCUCUCUUCUGCAGAAGAUAUCGUUCCCGUUAAAAUAAAUAAUGGAUCUGAGAUGAUAGACAAGAAAUUAGUACCUGCUGAACUAUUUGAAAACAUGGAAAAAGAAUUAGCGCAAAAGGAAGAAGCAGUAAAUCUCUUGACAAGUAAGGUAGACCAUUUAGAAAAAUUAAUAGCUAUUAAGGAUGAAAGAAUUAAGGAUUUAACAACGCAAAUGCAAGCGAUUAUUAAUAGUACAAAUGGAUCAACUUCGAAUUUGCUGUCUCCAAAGGCCAGGUUUUUUAAAAAUUUAUUUUAAAUUUUGUUUGUAAAAAUUUUUACGUCAUAUAUAUCAAUAUACGAAUAUACAGAUUAUUA